UUUGCGCGAAACAUAAUGAAUCACUGACACUUAUUAACGGUUUUCCCGCGCGUCCCGUACGACUUAUUCCGCGUAAUGCGUUUUUCCUUCGAUCUAUUAUAUUUUAAAGCAUUGAUUUGCUUUAAAUAGAACGCACGAUAUCAAUUUCUGUAUCGAAUAAAUUCGGGAGAGUGAAGGGUUGUAGUUUUGCGUGUAUUGGAUUGCCAGCGGCGUAGGUUAUAAAGGCAGUCAUAAGGUCAACAAACGCACACCCUCCUAUUUUUCUGGUGAAUAAGUGGAUAGAAAAUAUUUACAUGUGAUUGUUCGGGGAUAAACAAUCGUUUGACUCGAUUCAGAUGAUGACAACACCAACGCGGGAAACUCUCCAUCGACGUCGGAGAUCACUGAGACAAGCACUUGCUGUCAUACCAGAUAUUACGAGUCUCAGUGUAUCACCAGGCUCUCCUCUUCCAUCAGACGUCAACACUAUCAAUAACAGGUACAGCCGAGACUCAUGGAGUCCAGCACCCAGUCCCGACGAGUUGGUGAUCCAGAAACGCGGUCGGAGGAGCAAAAGCAUCGUCUGGUCACCAGAAGUCGAUGCAAAACGAGAUAGUCUAUUGAGUCUCUCCCUGAGGGAUCGCACGCCCGUGAAAAGUCCCACAAAGGCAUCGACGCACCUCAAAAGCACGCCGAGGAAACGGCUUCUCCUAGACGAUAAUAACGACACGACCCCGGACAAAACCAGGGUCAAUGAGAGAGAGGGUGAGAAGCAGUUUACUGGGAGUUUGAUGAAUGGUUUGCGAGGUCUCAGUAAUGAACAGCUGACCAAGGUCAUCAUGGAUCUGGUGUCCAUGCAGGAGGAUGGGGCACUCAGCCUCGAUGAUAAACUCAGGGAUAUCGUCAUCAAAAGAAUGCCUGUCGCUGAUGUCCAGCCCCUCAGAGAGAGGCUGACACUUCUCAGGCAGAAUGUCUCUGAGAGUUUGAUGUCUCUCGAGGGCAACUAUGAGUUCCCUUACAACCGAGCGUCUGUUCAUCUUGAAACGUAUCAGAAAACUCUGAUUGAACAAGGCAUUAAAUUAAUAGAAUCCCAGCACUGGACCGCAGCAAUGCAGUACGUGUUCCUGGCGUGGCCCAUCACAAAGGAUUUGCCAAAGUGCCCAUCCCCAGACGAUACGACUCGCAAGUGUUUCCAGAGUUUAACACAAAUCUGCAAGGACGCCCUGGUAAACGGAAAUUUUGUCAAUUCAACGUUGGAAGUAUUCGCCAGUAGGAUGGAUACGAUGGUCCAUGACUGCAACGAGAUGAAGAUCUGUCAGCAAAUGGCCAAGGAGAUGAUGAGGCCCUAGUUGAAUCACCGUAUUUAAUUCGCAUUAAUCUCUAUUUUUUUAUUAUAAUCGACUCAGUGCCUUGAAUAAUCGAUUCCAAAAGGAGAACUGCGCAGUUACCAGAUUUUCAAUAAUUUCACAAGUUUUUUAUUUUUUUAUCCGUCAGAUUCAACUACCAAAUUUAUGAAAUAGCGAAAAUUGUUCCACUUCUCCAGAUCCGUAUUUAAUUCUCCUGUUUUGUUUAAAUUAGUUGAUCAUUAUUUUCAUACCUUACUCGAGUAUUAUGUAAUCAUCAUAUUUUUCAAGUUAAUAAAUUUUUCCCUGGAUACAGGAAUUUUGUAAAAAAUCUCGUACA